AUGGGCCGAAAAGGGGCAGUGCUUGCCUUUCCCAGCCUCUUCUCUGGAGCAUGGCUGGCGCUGGCCCCUUGCUGGUUGUUGUCUGCAAUGCCUCCAGGGACAAACCCACAAGGCCAGCAGAAUAAGGAGGCACUGAAGGAGCUUCAGGACUUUCUUUCAACCUGGAACUCUUCAGCCUUCCUCACCGAGUCCCGCUGGCACUUCGGCCUCGACCGCUCGGCGCCGCUGGGGUCGCUGCGCGGGGCCGCGCGGCGCUGCGCGUCGCUCCGCUGUGUGGCGCUGCACGCAGCGCCGGCGCCGGAGCUGAGGAGAGCGGAGGAACUGGGCAGGUGGGUGGUGAAGGAAGCAGCUUGGAGUGAAGUCUUUGCCGCUUGGAAGGCCUUGGAGAUGGCGAAGCCCCGAAGCUGUCAUGUCCACUUGCGGCGCCGGAAGCAGUCGGGCACCUGGCCAUCCGACGUCUCCUUGCCGCUGCGGCGGGCGUUGGCCACGCAGCUGGAGGAGACCUUCGGCUGGACGCCCGAAGUGGUGCGCAGCGAGGCGGAGAUGGAGCUGCAGGUCGUCUUGGGCGAGGACGGCCGGAUCUUGGUGGAGAUCCCCCUGCUGGUGCAGACCCGAGGGUUGUCGGGUGGGCUGCCAUUUCCGGGCAUGAAGCAAGUUGAAGCCUGGGUGCUGGCCAAAGCAUUGCAGCUGCAACCGGGGGAGGUGGUGCUGGAUCCGAUGUGUGGCAAAGGCACCUUGCUGUGUGAAGCAGCCAUUUGGUGGCCUGAGGCCUCCUUUAUUGGCUGUGACGUUGAGGCGCAACAGCUGGAGAAAUGCCUUGCCAACCAUCGCUAUCUGGGCCUGACAGAGCUUGUGGUGCAUCAAGCGGAUGCUGCAACAUUAGGCGGUUUGCCCAUCGCUGACUCCUCGGUGGACAAGCUGAUGUGCGCUCCUCCCUGGGAUCGACAAUUUGAGGCAGCUGGAGGAUUAGAGAACUUCUAUCCCAAGAUGCUGGAGGAGUUCUCGCGCGUGUUGCGGAGCAAUGGCACCAUGGCCUUCCUGUUGAAUUUGCCGGCAGAGGAGGCUCUGAAAGCUUCUCUGGCGGGCUGGCGGACAUGUCGAUGUCCCUUCGCUCUCACGCACCACACAGUGGGAGUGCUGCUGUUAGCCUGGAAGGUUGGCGAUCGGAGCCUCGACUGGUGCGGACCGCGCUCCGCGCGGUGCUCCCCGCCACGCCGUGCUUGGAAGACCUGGCGGGCGAAGGAGCGGCCACCCCUCAAGCGGUGGAGGAAAAAAGUGCUUCCCAGGAAUGGAAGGCACAUGGAAACACCGAGCGUUUUGGAUGUUGCAGAUGGAAAAGGGCCAUGA